AUGCCGCCCAAAGUCCAGUCGCCCGGUCCUGACCGCAGGGGGCUCUUUUCCUGCCUGUACAGCGGCAAUUGCGACGAACCCCCUAGCUUCUGUUUCAAACGUGAUCUCCUCGCGUCCAUCCCCGACUUAUACGAGGAGGCGUACGACCGGCUGCCCGUCGACGACAUGACAGCCGAAGCCGCCGACCAACUGAUCUCAUCCAUGGGCAAAUACGGCCUCUGCCUCGGCCUCAUGGACCCCGUCACUAACAUCAUCCUCAACACCAUCUCCCACCUCCCUCGGGACUUCCAGGCAAACCCACCGCCUUCGCACGGCUGUAAGAGGAGGAGGAGGUCCAAGAGGUUGGCUGGCGCAGCGCGGCCCAGGGAUAGUUGGUCCAGUACCAUUGGGCUAACCUUCCCUAGGGAUACCUGGCCCAGAGAUGCCGCGCCAUCCUAUCUAGCUCUACGUAGAUUUAUGGUCAGAUACUUCGGAUGCCUCAGUGCAGAACAGGCCACCCGGUACCUCCACUGGGCGGGCGCCGACCUCGCCCUCGCUGUUCUGCUUGUCGAGCACGAUCUUUACGCUGCUGAGCUUGAGCUCCCCGACCCCGCCUCCAAAAGGACACAAGCUUCCCUCAUGAGCACUGCAACCUGUGCGUCGCACCCAGCGCCCGACGCCCUGGUGCGGCUCCACACGACGCCCCUUCCCCUACAGAGGCUCCUCGCCACCGCCUCGUUCCUCAGGCCAGGAGGGCCCAAGCUCACUGUCGACGACGUCAACACCCUCGUGGAUCUACUGCGGUAUCAGGGCAGUGCACACCUCGACCUCCAGGUGAAACAGCUGCCAGCAGGAAGAGAGGUCGUCGUGUAUUGCCGAAACCUCAAGCCCAAUGAAGGGAAGCUUGAGAUUUGCAAUAGCACAAGCUCCGUGGAUGGAUUCGAUGUUGUCAGCAUCAAGGUCGAGCGUCAUGGGGACCUCUUUGCGUCACUACGGUCUGAUCCUCAAGACAAGAGGUCCAUGAUAUCAACCUUUUUAGCAAAGGCCGCGAGAACCGCUCGAAGCCGCGGUUUGGUAGAGAGCUGCAGUGGCGAUGCAUGUGAGUACACCGAGUCUCUUAGGAUGAGGCUUCACAGUGCAAUCCACGCUUUCUAUCUCAAAGUGUUCACCAUGUUACCGCCCUCUACGGGGCUCAUCCGCGACAUAUUGUGGGCUGGCCACUGCUAUGGCCCCAUGGAUCCUGUCUCCAACAUCAUAGUCAACUCUAUUUGGCACAACAUAGUGUACCUGCUACCCCUGUCCGAAAUCAAAGAGCAUCACAUCAUCAACACCCUAUCUAUGCUUCGCGUGGAGGUUCGUUCCUUGGAAGGCCUCAUCACCCUCGUCCGAGGAAUCUCCGAGUCUGGCUACUCGACGCAGCAGGUGAUGGAGCACGUCUCCCACAAAUGUUGUGACAUAUCUCAUGAGACGCACACCUUGCAGCAGUUUGUUGCCGCAGCCACAACCGCUCGACACCCACAGCAUGCUGCACUAGGGUCAUUCCUCGCAUCCCUGACGCCCGAUAUGUUGAAUGACCUACGACGCUUGCUGACCACUGGCACCAAUGGUGUGAUCCCUCGUGAGUCGAUUGGUCAAAUAGAGUACUUCCUCCGACAAAAAGUAAUGGCGUUGGAUCCCGAACCUCCCAAGGUGGCCGAAUUAUGCGAGGAGGCUAAGGGGACUCUUCUGAGAAUGAAGUCAUAUUAUAACAGAAUGAGAUUACACUUUUGCUCUAGGCUUGAACAACUGCUGCAGAAAUAUGCCUCUGAGCAUCCUUUGAUAUGUAGCUUUGAACCACAAUAUGUGCUAAGUGUUAUCUGUGGUGUGGUGGCUGGUUCUGAAUCCUUAGACAGGGAGUGCUAUCACGUUAAUUUUGUGGCUGCUUCCAAAUCAGGGAUUGCUCGUAACCAACUCUUCUUCGCCGAACUCAAUUAUUCGUAUCCUGGUGAGCAGGAAAAACCAAAUUUCUGCUGUCCUCUACCCCUGAUAUAUACUGGCCGUUGCUACUAUGGAAAGGGAACCGCAAGGAAGAUUGUGUAUCCAGAUUCAGCAGACUUUAUUAAGAGUAACCAUGAUAUUACCCGCUAUGGAACGCGGCACACGGAAGGAAUUUUGGACGCGGAUUUAAUGUUCGAUUUUAGGAGCGACGCACAGUUUGCAGAAGAUAUGAGGAAGUACUGUGAGCGUCAAAAAGAGUUGUCGCGGGAGGGUGAUGAGUAUUAA